AUGUCCCAGAGUAAUAUGGAGUUAAACGAUGAGUCACAAAAACGUACGAAAAAACUGAUCUUGUCUGCCUCGUUAUCCUCAAGGAGGGAAAAGUCCCAAGGGUUGAUUACGGAGUUGGGAUGUUCCCCAUCAAAGAUUUCUGUUUUACAUGAAGCAACCCAUCAUAAGUUUAGUCGAACUAGCAGUGGUAGGAUUUUUGAAAAAGAUAUAAAAGAUAUAUUCUCAUUGUUGGUUAUAUCACUCAGGUUGGAAAGAGAUGGUUCAACCAAUUACUUGUUCAAUUCUCCGCCUAUAAUCAAGUUUCACAAACCGCUAAGGAAAAACUACCCAUAUUCUUUUAGUUUAGAAUCAGCUAUUGAGAAAAUGAAAGAUUUACAACUAGACAUUGAACUGGUUAAUACAGUUACCUGUAUUUCAUACAGCUUUAAUUCAGAAGUAAGCUUAGCGUUGAUUGAGCUGUUUUACAAAGGUAGAUUGUUGCAUUCUCCUGCUGAUAGAACAAGAGGAAAACCUAAGUCCAAUGUAGCUUUACAACCAACCCCCAAAGGAAUAGCUAUUGUCCAAGAAUUUUGUGAAAGAAUUGGUAUGGAGAGGGAAGCAUUUCCUGAAGUUCUAUUGUCGCAUGAUUUCAAUACUAUGGAAUUGUUCAACUUUGAUAGAGAUUCUAGAAGCGACAGUAUUCUCUAUUCAGAAUAUUUACUUUAUCUAUUGUUUAAUAUAAUGAUGGGGCCGGAACCAAAUGUAUGGACCCCUUCAAACACACAGGACGCAUUGCCAAGUUGGAAUUUUUCAGACACUGAAAGCUUUGAUAAACUAUACGAGGUAUUUAGCAAUUCUAAAGACACCAAGAAUGUGAAGGGAAACAACAAAAACGCUUCGGAAUUUGAGGGAUUCAACUUUGGAGACUAUCAGUAUAUCUCGAAAGCACGUCAAAGCUCAGAAAUACAUUCGUUUACUGAUCACAGAGAAAUAGCAAGCAGCCCAUUUCACCACAGAUAUUUUACUAAUCCAGAAUCAGAUGCUCAUUCGCAAUAUUACGUGUCUUCUGUUGGUGUUCGGUUAUUGAAAGACAAAAUCGUUUUGGCUGCGCUGAAUAAAAGCGUUACCGUUGACUAUUGCAUCAGUGGUAAGGCAGUAUGUCAAUGGAUUCUAGAUUGCACGGAUAUCAUAAACCCCAACCAUGCCAUCGAACUAGCCCGAUUACUUGUCAAACACAACUUAAUCAAGCCAAUUUCGUUGUCUGGCAAUCACAGUUUCUCCAGAGAUGCCUAUUAUCAAUUGUCAACCUUGGGUCUAGCACUAUCUCUGUGGGACUUUCUGGAAAGGAAUUUACAGGACAGCUCUUGUUUUCAAACUGGAACCAAAAUAUUACGACUAACUAACAAUGCUACAUUGGAGAAUAUUUUGAAUGAUCCGGGAAUGCGCCUACAGUUUCGGAAACAUUUGAUUAAAGAUCAUUGUGCUGAAAAUUUAGAAGCAUAUAUUCAACUAACACAAUUUGAAGAAAAGUACAAAGCUUGGGAGAAUUUGAGUGAUAUCAUCGACAACCAAAAUCACAGCUGUAAGCCAGUAAGUUGCUCGGAUGUAAACAGACGAUUAAAGAAUUUACAAACUACCUGUAUGUCUUUUGCCUUUCAAAUUUUCCACACUUAUUUGAGUAUCGAUUCUCCCAAGAUUGUGAAUAUUGAUUUCAGACUAAGAUCGAAGAUUACAACAUUAAUGAUCGGGGAUUCAGGAGCAAAAGUCAAUGGUGAUAACGAGUCGAUAAUUUUUUUAAAAACUCCUACUGAAGAUUUUGCUUUGGGGUCGUCAGUGUUGGAAGAAACAGCAGAUUCUGCUUCGAGAUCUCAUGUCGAUGGAAAACUUUUGGCACCAGAUAACAGUUUUAGAAAGAUUGCAAAUCUGUUGCUACAAAUCAAGUUUCAAAUUUACCACCUUAUGAAAGUCGAUUCUAUCCCAAAGUUUUUGGAAACAUUAGGUAUAACAAGCAACAAGAGAAUCACUACCUUUUAG